AUGUCUCCACCAUCUGUUACUGUGUACACAAACCAUCCGUUCCGCGCUGCACAUGUCGGCUCGCUUCUCCGCCCAAAGCCACUUUACAAAAAGCGCCAGGAGCUGGAGGCCGGGAAAUGUGAUGGACUGUCUCUUAAGGACGUCGAGAACGAAGCUAUAAAACAUGUGCUUAAACUACAACAAAACGUUGGCAUUAAGCUUGUCACAGACGGCGAACUUCGUAGGGGCUACUUUUUUGAUGGUGUCUUUGAAAAGCUGGAAGGCAUGACAUAUGUACCUAAUCGUACGCUCUUUUCCACUUCUUCUCUGUAUCCAAACACUCAAGGACUUUUGUAUUCAUUAGGCCCUAUUUCCGCUUUCAAGGGAAAGGUCAGAAGGACACAACCAUUCUAUGUGGAUGAUUUCAAAUUUCUCAAGUCACUGGUUGCUCCGGAGGUAUAA